GGAUGGGAUGGGAUGGGAUGGGAUGGGAUGGGAUGGGACGUGAUGGGACAGGCUGCCCGCUUAGUAAUGCUUCCUGGCCCCGCUGCCAGAGGGAGCGGUGCAGGAGGGCCAUCGAUCACGGGGUCACAUAACAAAUAAUCGGAGGUGCCCGGCGCCGACUCCUGUUUCUGUUGACGAGGGAGAAGUAGCAAACAACUGGGAUGUGCCAAAGUGUCAGGAGGUUUCUCCGCUGGGUGAGGGAUGCCCAGCGAGCCGGAGGCUCUGAGAUACAAACGCGGAGCUCAGCCACGCUCAAGCAUCCUCCCCUGGCUGUGCCGUGCCAAAAUGUGCUGGGGUGCUGUGAGGAGAGGUGCUGCAGCCCGGCCCCACCUGGUUCUGCGGCAGAGAAGAGGAAUUUGAUCAAUUAGCACCAGAUUUAACAGCAUUGCACUGUGGCAGGCAGUGGGUCUCCCUGGGCUUGGCUGCUGGCAGCCCUGGCUUCUGCUCCCAGCCGUGUCUGCAUCUGGGUUUGGUUUGCACAAAACCCACAAAACCCACGCCUCCAGAAAGCCUGGCAGUGCCAAGUCUCAGCAUCCUCUCUGCGGCCACGCUGCCAGCCCCAGCGGCUCCUCAACCUGCUUCCAGCUCCGACCACAGCCGGGAGAUGCUCGGAGGGGUCAGCAGGACGCUGCCGUGCCCCAUGGCCGGCAGGGAAGGAUGCAGCAAGACCAGACAGCUCGUGUCUUCCCUUCCAUCACUGACGUUUUCCUGCGUGAAGCCAAGGUCUGGAGAAGCCGCGUUCCCCUCCUGCUCCCCUGCUAUGGAGGAGCCCCGGGGAGGCUCUGCUGGCUCUGUUUUUUUCCAUGACCGGCUCACCGAGGUGUAAUUAGAAGACAAUAGUGCAUUUAUGUGAACACGGCUGUGCCGAAUGCUUCCCCCCAAACCGGUGCCAAGCUCUCACCUCCUCCCUCUCCAACCUCCUUCGCUGGAUGCCUCCAUCGCUCCCCUCCGGCCCCUCUUAAAAAACAAAACAGGGAAAAACAGGGCAGCGAUGCUCGCCCUGGCUACUUGUGCCUCCUGCCCUUUCGAUACAACACCAGCACGGCGACCAUCACCAAAAUCACCGUGCUCAGGGCUCCUAUGGGAUUUGCACCCUGCGGGGUCCAUGGGGCCGUGGUGGAACCGGCAGCCCCGCUCCUCCCCGCCCGCGCCCUCUGUGCCGCACCGAAGGGAGCUGACGCUUUUUUUCCCCUGCUCUGUGUUCCUGGGCUCGCUCCUGUUUACGGAGGUGGGAGCUCCAAGAACUGAUUGAUGACUUUGUUCCGUCCCGGGCGCGCUGGGGCAGGCUGCGUGUUGCAGGGGGGCGAGCUGGGAGCCGGGGUUUCGCCAAGCGCUUGGCUCCCAGCGCUUCCCCAGCCAUGCUCCAGGGGUGGCCGGUGCCCAGCUGUUGUUUUUAAGCCCUGUUUUUGACAUCCCGGGACUUGGAGCGGCCGCUUCCAGGGUUUGGAUGGAGACGUGGAGAUGCCGUGGGUCCCCGGGGCUCGCCCUGAGGUUUGAAGCACCAGCGCGCCCGCGGCCGCCGCGAUAUUGUUCCGCUUAAGCCCUCCUCCACCGCUUCGUCAGCACAAAAGCAAACCCCAGCUGCCUAAAAGCUUUGGGAAAGGGCCCAAAAAAUGAACUACUGUAGUUUGUUUUUAUUGCACGGAUGAGAAUUUAUGGGCUGUGGCUGGGACAAAAGGAGCGAGGCGGCGUUCCUCCCCCCUGGAAGGACUUGCUCAGAGGCUAAACCCUCGCCCCCGGCCCCUUGGAGCUCGCCUCCACCUGCAGCAUUUACGGAGCAGACACACGAGGGAUAGCCCAGAUGCUUCAGAGACCUGAUGGCACAACAGGACUGGGCCCCCCGGGCUGGAAAACAGGGGUGCCAGCUGCUUUGUGACCAGCAGAAGGGCUUUGGUGGCGCUUCUGCACCUCUUUGGGGAUGGAGCAGCAAUCCCUGCUGUGCGCAUCCCGGCCUGGCUGGUCACUAGCUGGUCUCUGACAGCACCAGGAAUGCCUCCGUAGUGAAUCCCUUUUUAAUUACAUGGCUGAUCUGGGGAAAUUAAAUCAAGAAUCACAGCUCGUUUAGGCAUGGCCAAGCCCUUCCAGGCCCUCUGAGCACCACAGCUCCCGUGCCACCCCUGGAGCGGUGACUCCCAGGGGGUGCCACCUGCCACCACCACGCCAAAUUUUGCCCACCCCACCCCGCUGCAGGUCAAGGCGGGCAGGGCUGCAGCUGACUUAAGCUGGUAAAGCACCACCUGGUUUUUCCCCAACUUGAGCAUGGAGCUAAAAGCUGCUCAGUGACGUGCAGAUUAAUCAUUGCACCAAGCUGCGUGGAGCUGAGCUGGGACAAAUGAGGCUGCUGCUGGCUUGCAGGGGACCAAGUGUCCACGUUCCAGCUUUGGAAGAGUUUGCCAGCAAGUGAGGGUGCAGAAACACCUGACUUUCCUGAGAGCAUCUUCUCCUUCCCAUGUAAUCACAGGGCAACUGGAGCCACCAAACAUCCUGCAGCCUCAUCUUUUCCCAAAAGCAUCGAUAUCCUUGCACGAAGCUCACCCAAGGACAUUUUAAACCCCAGAUGCUUCUUGGAGAGGCAAAGGAAAAAUACCCAGGUUGGGCAGCGAGGGCCUGGCCGGGUCGGUGCCGGUGGCGCUGUGGCACCGAGGGGGACCCGUGGCACCAAAUCCCUGCUGCUGCUGGAGCUGAGCAUCGGGGUUUGGCCUCAGGAGUGAAUAUUUAUCCGAAAAUGAGGGUGAUGCCCUGCCACAGCUGGUGCACAGGACCCGUCCCCAGCCCUGGCUCCGCGCUGCAGCCCAGAUGUGUUUUUAAUGAGCGGGAUGAAAACGGGGAGCUGCGCGGCCGUCUGCUUGCCUUGUGAACUUUGGGUAACCCCCUGCAGCUCCUGGGAGGCCCCAGGGCAGCGUCCCAGCCCCAGGAGGAUUUGGGAAGAGCAGGGGCCAGGGGCACGGAAACCAGCCCUGCCUGCCAGCGCCGUUUCCUAAUCCCGCAGACCGACAAUGUGAUGGCUAAACCAGUGCUGAGCAGACAGCAUCCAAGCUGACCUUUGAGGAGACAGGCAACAACAACAACACAAAAAAAGAGAAAACACAAGAGGUUUACUGUGCAAACACGGGAGAAAAAUAGUCAUUUUUAACAAGGGGCCACACCCUUAAAAUAAGACUUAUUAGUAAUGCAUUCCCAGGACAUUUCUGCAUGAUGGCAUGCUACAAAAAUCCUCUCUGAACAGGGACCAAGGGCUUUAUUGUGGCAGGAGCAAGGCUUACAUUUCCCAGGAAAAAUCCUGUCCCUCUCUUGCAUCAUCCAGUGGGGGACAGGCAGGACAUUUCCAGACAAGGAGGCAGCCAGCUGGGAAGGAGGACAAACAGGGAGCGCGCUCCUGGCUCGCCUCAGUGCAGGUGCAAGGAGCUCAAAGAAAGGGAAAGGCAGCACGAGGACGGGGGGCUGGAUUCCUCCCUGCUCCAGCCAGGAGGAGAACACGAGGGGGCUGCUGCAAUAAAUGGGCUCCCACCCGAUUUCUGUGCGGUUUCUGUGCUUUUUUCCCCCCCAGGAGCACUGCCCCGCGGUGAUGGGGAUUGUCCCCUCCUGCUCUGCCCAUGGUGGCUCUUGGGGUCCCUGGGGACAACCUCCCGAGCUGGCACUUGGGGAGGAAGGCUGGGAGAGCUGGGCUGGGUCUGGUUUUCUCAAUUCCCUUGGGUGCAGAGCUGAUGGGGGGGCUCAGAGGGGUGCGGUGUCUGGUGGUCCCUUGGGUGCUCCGGUGGCUGCGCAUCCCCUGGGUCUCAGGGCUCUGCCUCACGCUGCCUUCACCCAAAGCCACCUGCCUCUGUGCUGUGCAAUCCGACAUCUAACCACAUAGAGGAAACAAAACAAAACAAACAAAAAAACCAAACAACUCAUUUUUUUUUUCCUGUGCCCAGGAGAGGGCCAGCAAGCAGGGGAGGCUCAGCAGCGCCUGGCCCAUGCAGAGCAGGAUCCCAGUGGUCCCCAGGAGCUCCCCUUUUUAAUCGCUUCUCAUCGCCAAACUAUUACCAGUUAUCCCCCAAGUCUUUUGCUUUUCUUUUCUCCCCUUUUGCUGGCCAGAGAAGCAGCGUGCCCCGUUCCCCAUCCCCAGCCUCGUGGUGCCUUUUAAGCCCCUGCAAGCUCCGUGUCCAUCCCAGGGCUUCGUGUCGCUUCCACGGCGUUACGCUGAAAUAAACGCAAGAAAAACCAGAUGGGAACUGAGAAAAUUGAGAGAAAAGAGUCGAUUUAUUAAAGAGGCAAAAUGACCUAAGUUCUUCUGCGGGUUUAAUCCCCUCCUUAUGGCAUUUCCAGCCCGGGCACAUAGCUGUGCUCAUCACUGGGGCUCACGGGGAGCCGGCUGGUCCCGGAGCAUCACCAGGGGUGUGUGCGUGCCUGUGUGUGUGCUGCGAGCCUCUCCGUUGUCUGAGCAACAGGACGUUCCUCACCAACCCCAGAGAUAAUUAACUCAUUUUCCUGUAUUUAUAGCAAACCGACGCGGCGAGCGUUGGCACUUCUCCCUGACGGGGCCACGCUUGGCCACCCCACCAGAGGCACCAACCUGAGCGCUGCCCAUUUCUCACAACCCAGCAGCUCCAUCCUCUCCCCGCUGCCUGCUCAUUAAAGCCCAAAGCGGGCAGCUCGUUAAGCCCACAGGGGCAGAGGUGCCCACCUCUGCUCGCCAUGCUCGGGGUUUGCUGCACGUUGCCGGCGCAGGGGGUGUUUGUGUCGGUGUUGCCUGCUCCAGAUGCCAGCGCCUGCAUACGCCUGUGCUAAAAAGAGCGUAGCUGCUGGUUUUUAAAGGUUUUUGCUGCUUUGGAAGAGCUCGCCGCAGGGCAGUGCCGCUCGGAUGUGCUGAUGCUCGGUGCUGGAGCAGCCUGACGAGCAGCCACGGCCACUGGAGAGGCAAGGGGCAUUUCGCUUCGCUUCGGGGCAUGUCUGUGCCAGUUCCCAGCUGCUUUCCUUGAAGACACGCCGCAUUCCUCACCCCCAACCAGGGGGUCCCUUGGCCAGCAGCGUUUCGGCAGGGCAUGAGCCAGCCCCGUGUGCCUCCCCGCCACCUCCCCGCGGACGGGGACCUCAACGCCUCGGCCGCUCGCUGCCCCCAGCACUGGGUCGAGCCCCGGUUCACGCAGGCGGCCAGGGUGCGCGUGGCCAUCACGGCCGUCUUCUUCUUGCUGGCGGCGUGCAGCAACGCGGUGGUGCUGGGCAGCCUGCUGAGGAAGCGGAGGAAAUCCCACGUGCGGCCGCUCAUCCUCAGCCUGGCGCUGGCCGACCUGCUGGUGACGGUGGCGGUGAUGCCCCUGGACGCCGUGUGGAACGUGACGGUGCAGUGGUACGGCGGUGAGCUCUCCUGCAAGCUCCUCAACUUCCUCAAGCUCUUCGCCAUGUACGCAGCCGCCCUGGUGCUGGUGGUCAUCAGCCUGGACCGGCACGCCGCCGUCCUCCGACCCUUCGCCCGUGCCCGGCGCCGCAACGGGCUGCUGCUGCGAGCUGCCUGGGCGGGCAGCGUGCUCCUGGCUGCUCCGCAGCUUUUCCUCUUCCACCUGCACACGGUCCCGGGAGGGAACUUCACCCAGUGCGUUACCCACGGCAGCUUCCGAGCGCAGUGGGAGGAAACCCUCUACAACAUGUUCACCUUCACCACCCUCUACAUCACCCCCCUGAGCAUCAUGAUCGUUUGCUACACCCGAAUCAUCUGGGAGAUCAGUAAGCAGCUCAAGGUCAACAAAGGUCUGGUAAGAAAUCAAAACGACCCCAUCUCCAAGGCGCGCAUGAAGACCCUCAAGAUGACGGUUGUGAUCGUCGCCACCUUCGUCAUCUGCUGGACCCCGUACUACCUGCUGGGCUUGUGGUACUGGUUCCAGCCUGCCAUGAUCCACAGGACGCCCGAGUACAUCAACCACAGCUUCUUUCUCUUCGGCUUGCUGCACACGUGCACCGACCCGGUGAUUUACGGGCUGUACACCCCCUCGUUUCGGGAGGACGUGCAGCUGUGCCUCAGGGGCCUCGAAACGGCGAUCACCAGGCACGAGAGACACAAACCUGCCUCAGCCUCGGAGAAAACCAUCAAGGAUGGGGCUGAAAAUGGCAGGGGGGCUUCGGGGGGCUCCAACGGGACGACUGUCAACACGGUGUGCUGAGGAGAGCCACCAAAAGGGGACGGGAGGCACUGCCUUGGGGCUGCUUUGCCCCACAGGGGCCUUUUGGAGAUGGCCACAAGGUGGGUGCGGGUGUGGGGGGCAUGGGCAGGAAGGGCACAAAGAGCUGCAGUAGGGUCUUGUGGGGUGUUUUGGUGUGGUGUGGGGUUUCUUCUCCUUUCUGGAGACAGCCAGAAGGGAAAACAGUCCUGGCUGCCUCGUCCUGGUGUGCAGGGUCGGUAUGGACACGCCCUUUGCCUCAGACCCCACGCUCAGCUGCCACAAGCAGCUCAUGAGGGCUGAUAGAGCAAAACCCACUCUUUCUCCUCUUUUUUUUCCCCCCUUUCCCAUUAAUACGCAUUUGGUUUGCCACAGCACCAGCAUCCCACCUCUGCCCCCGAGCAGAGACCCCGCAGGUGCUGCCCAUGUGCGUCCCCAGGAGCAAUGUGCUGGGGAGCAGCAGUGGGUGGGGGGCCCAUCAGCACCCAUGGGUGCCAGCUGGGUGCAGGCGGCUUCAGCUGCAUGGCAAGAAGAAGGAAGGAGCUGUGCUGUGGUGAGUAAAUUGGGUUUUAUUUUAUUUUUCGAUCCACCAGUGUGCCAGAAGUUGCUUGUGGAGGUGGAGGCCUCUUCUCUGGGUGUAGGCUGAUGAGUUGGGUUUAUUCAGCUGUGUUGUUCCCUUCUGUGCAAUUAGAGAUAAUGGAUCAUUUCUUUUCAUCACAUACUGAUGGGUGUCAAAUGCGUUUUUCUGCUUUUGAAGACCAGUUUGUUUGAACCAAGUGGAUUUGGGGUUUAUUUUUUGGAAAUCCUUGGACCAUUCAGGAGCUCUGGACUUGGCAGGAGGCGAUGUCCUGGGUAUUUUUGUGGCCACUGUGGUUUUCAGCGAGCAUCUGGAUUUUAUCAGGAUGAGUGAGCUUUGUUGUAAUAACAAUUCUUGACUUGUGGUUGUGACAAA